ACAAGUGAAGGAACGACUGGAAGAAUUGGUCUUAAAUAGUUUGUCUUUGUGUCUCCAAUAAUGACAGAUGUUGGAUCUCCCUAGCAAAUUAGUGUCAUUAAGUAUGAAAUAUUAAUGAACGGAGGGUAGUUGUAAAGUCUGCAUUUCGUACUUUGUGUCUCUAGAUAGAUCUUUAGUACAGUAAGGUCUAUUAAUUGGGACUGUAGUAAACAGUAACGUCUGCUAAUUGCCUGUAAAAUAAACAAUGAAGAACACCUAAUUGAAAAUAUAUAGAAUGCCAACUGCUCAAGACCGCGCGCGAUAAUACGUUUUCCAACAUUGAAAAAUUUAUAAUAUUUGUUCGUAAAUUUCUCUAAUACGCCUUCUAUCAAUAAUUAGUGUAGAUCUGGAAUAUAAAGUUCGCCCUUGCCCGUCUCUUCCGAGACUUCGUGUUCGAUUGUACAUGCUUUCGAUGAAAGUAACAUGGAUAUCAACGAUUAUGUGUUUAUUAACAGAAAGGUUUUAAAGUUUGUUGGCCUUUACCCAACGAGUAUCGUGAGAUAUAUUAUAUGUUUUAUGUGUAUGAUUACCAUUGUUAUACCUCAAGGAAUUCAAAUUUAUUAUAACUGGCAAGAUCUGUCUGCUGUACUGGAAACAAGUUCAGUAUUGCUCACCAUUUUACUUGCCAUAUUAAAAUCGCUAGUUUGGAUAAUCAAUAGAAGAAAAAUGGACCCUUUUAUAAAAUACAUGUUAACGGACUAUUGGGAUAUAAUGACAACAUGUCUUUCAAAGAAAGACGCAGAUGUAUAUGCAGUAUACGUGAAGAAAGGACAUUUAUAUACUAGAAAAUAUUUAUUUUUGAUUUGUAAUUCUUUAAUGUUCUUCUUUAGUCUACCUGUAAUUGAAAUAUUUAUUACUGUGAUCAAAGGUACUAACGGUAAUAGUACAAAGCACUUUCCAUUUUUAGCUUUGUAUCCAGAAUCUUAUUAUAAUUUUCCCAUGUACGAGAUUAUUUAUCUCUCGCAAAUGGUAGCAACAAGUUUGUGUGGCCUCGUUAUUCUGGGAACUGAUACUCUAAUCGCAACAGCAUUGUUUCACACAUGUGGCCAUUUCAAAAUACUUCAGGAAAAAAUUAAAAAUAUUAAUACUGAAAUUGACGUACAACACGCAUACUUUGCAGAAAAUAUACAAAAAAUUAAAUUCCAUAUGAUAAAUGUUAUUAAACAUCAUUAUACAAUUCUUUGGUUUUGUGAUUAUAUGGAAACAGUUUUUAGCCCAAUGUUAUUUCUGCAAACAUUGGCUAGCAGUCUUAUAAUAUGUCUAGUAGGUCUUCAAAUUGCAACUGCAAAUAUAACUGCAAGUAUAAUCUCCAAGUCGGUUAAGUAUAUUUCAUAUUUAGGCAUGGCACUUUUUCAAUUGUUGCUCUUUUGUAUGCCUGGUGAUGCUUUAAUACAUGAGAGUUCCAUGAUCUACAAAACUGUGUAUACAAUUGCUUGGUAUAAAAUGCCAAUUUUAUUGAAAACCGAGAUACAUUUGCUCAUAUUGCGUAGUCAAAAACCUAGUAAAAUAACCGCAGGCAAAUUUUAUGUAAUGCAUCUGGAGAAUUUUAAUGGAGUGUUGAGUACGGCUGUUUCGUACUUCAUGUUGCUCCGCAGUUUUGGUUCGGACGAAACUACUCUAAAAUUAUAAUCAAAUAAAAUUGUGUGUAGUUCAGAAGUAUAAUAUUGAAAAGAAUAAAAAAAUACACAAUACUUGAAACUUGUAUGUAGAAGCUUCGGCAAUAGUACGUAUGUAUUACUGUCCAUUAUUAAUAUAUACACUGAGAAGAAAAAAGUGUUGAAUUAAAAAAGUAUUUCUUGAUUUAA